AUGACUGUCAGGAAGAAGCUAGUAAUUGCUUUCAUCUUUCUGGCCGGCUUCGUUGUCACAGGCAUCAGCAUUGCCCGCUUCACAGUCUUCUUUCAGGCCAUGGACGCGAACUUCACAUACGGUUAUGUUGAAAUGGCUAUUCUGUCCGUAGCAGAAAUCAACGUCUCGAUAUAA